GUGCUGACCUCCCAGUUGUUACCUCGUAUUUCUUGAUGGGGAGCUGAAAAUAGGAAAAACAGAUGGUUGGUGCUGCCAACCAUGGGGGUUGUUGAAGGGGUGGGGAAUGCCUUGCAAAAAAAGCCCUUUCAAUCUGAUCGUGAUUUGGACGGGUUGGACUUUGCCUGCCACGUGUUGGUGGCGUCCUGCCAGUUGCAACAAUGCAAGCGAUACCCACCCUUUGUCCAUGACAUCUGUUUAGGACAUGGCACAACAUCAGCAGCGUGAAUUGACCUGGACAAAACCACAAACCGGAGAAGGGAUCCUGGCUUCUGAGAAAAACCACCAGAUAGAGUUCCCGGUGGACAUUCCACAUUGUCAAGCUCUGAGGGCAUCGCUUGCCCGCGUCUCUCUGUCUGCUCCGACCUGGCCGCCCUUCCCGGAGAUGCAAAAGCAAGGCAGCAAUACGAGUGUCCAUUGCAGUGGGCGUGGCGUCCAGUCAAAGUCACCUCCAGGUGGUCCCUGGCAACGAGACAUUCCGGGCAUCUUUCAGCGACCGUGGUCUGGUGCGGUUGGGACCCAAUAAUCGACGAGACCCUGGGUGAGCGAUGGGCAAGAUCUCCUCAUGGGAAUUGGACGAACCUUGGCCCAUGAGACGGCCGCAAAUGUGACUGGCAGGUGUCAGGGCGGCACCACUCAACCUCGCCCAUAACCAUUGCUCUGACUGGUUGAUCCGAGUUCGAGUCAAAGGGGGACUGACUCUCUGAGGGAUAUUCGGGAGACGCAAAGGCGGUUAGAGAAAAGCCCACAGCUUCAAAGUAUGAUGCUCGCUCCACAUCACAUCGACGCCAGUACAACUUGCCUAGCUAGUUGUGGACUCAAAAUGUCCCUUUCAGGGAAAGGUUGCACAGCAGCUGGGCGAAGGACGGCAUGCAGCAUCACAUGCUCGAUCCGGUCAACUGGGAAGGCUAAACCGUAGAUUCCUGACAGCUGUCAAGAUGCGCCUUUCCAGCUCCGCCGCAACCUGGUGGCUAGAGCUGUGAUAGGAGGUCGCUGAAACUCUGGCAGA